AGAAAUUUGCAGAUGGUUAACUUGCCUUAGUAAGCAUAACCCAUAAGAAUUACUAUGGAUUAUAUUUUAUUUGGCUAAAAUUAAAAUGAUAUAACUAUUCGUUAAAAAGAAUAAUUAAAAAAUACAAUGAAUUUUAUUUAGGUAUAUUUUUAAUAACUAUUAAAAGUAAUUCCUGCUUUAGGGCCUAAUAUAUAUAUAAUAGUGAAAGAUGUUAGAAUAUAAAUAUUCCUCCAAAAUAUAGAGCAGAUGGUGAGAGAAAUUCUGAUAUUCAUAUUUGGCUUGCCUAAUAUAAUAAUCCAGAUUCUUAAAUUUUAGCUAAUGCUGUUCAUUGUUAAAUGGAUCCUGCUUUAAAAAGAGUUAAUUUUGGUAUCAUUAAGGUAAAUAUGUAUACAUUAUAAUACUAAUUUACUGAUUCUGGAUUUAAAAUUUAUUUAAAUCAUAUUUUGCAUGAAAUGUUGCAUAUGUUAGGCAAAAAGUUUAUAUAAAUAUUGGAUAAAUCCUUAAACUGGAGAUUAUUAUGAUAAUGAAAUAAAUAAUUAUGUAAAAACAGUUCCUAUAAGGGGUAAGUAAACUAUUAUCAUGUUUACUCCAAAUGUGCUUGCUACUGCUAGAAAAUACUAUGGAUGUCCUAAUUUAGAAGGAAUGCAAUUAGAGAAUGAUGGAGAUAUUAAUUCUAUGUGA